UAUUCUUAAUAUACUUUUUUGACGUCACAAAUCAUCCAUGGAGAUAGAGGCCUUCCGAGUGAUCUCCACGACUACGAUCCAAGCACGAAACUACCCUAAUAAUGGUGACUCACAUCAACAAAUCGACCUGAAUCCAUGGGAUCUUCAAUAUUUAGUACUUGGCUACGCUCAAAAGGGACUUCUCUUUCACAAACCCUCAUCAUCAUCUUCCUUAAAACACACAGAGACAGUGAUCCAGCACUUGAAGGACUCGCUUUCUCGCACACUCGACUUCUUCCAGCCGCUUGCCGGCCGUCUUGUUAUUGUCCCGCACGGCGGCGAUGACACGUCUUCCUCUGUCUUCAUCAGUUGUAACAACGCCGGAGUAAGCUUUGUUCAUGCCAUAGUUGACAACACUACAAUUGCCGACAUCCUCGAACCCACUUAUGUUCCUCCAGUUGUGAAAUUGUUCUUCCCACUCAUCACAUCGAAGAAUUUCGAAGCAACUCGGAUUCCAUUAAUGGCGGUUCAAGUCACAGAGCUGGUUGAUGGCAUCUUCAUUUCUUGCUCUGUGAACCAUUGUGUUGCUGAGGCGAAGCCGUUCUGGAAUUUAUUGAAUACAUGGGCUCAGAUCUCUCGAAACGGUUUAAACCAAAUAGCUUCAGACUCGAAGCUAGCUUCAUUUGAGCGAUGGUUUCCUCAUGAUAAUAUUGAACGACCCAUACGAAUCCCAUUCAAACAAAUAAUGGAGGAUUAUCACAAGGAGUCAACUAAUUCGCUUCAGUCACCUCAAUUUUCAAGGAGGAUAUUUCACUUCAAAAAGGAAAAACUUGCAGAACUCAAAGCAAAAGUUAAUUCAGAGGUGGAAGAUGGUGUCAUCAGAAAUAAAAUCUCCUCUUAUCAAGCUAUUGUAGCCCAUGUUUGGAGAUCUGUGACCAGAAACCAGAAUCUUGAUCCAGAAGAAGAAGUCACUUUCAGAUUUAAUGUAUCUGCUAGAUCUAGAAUUUCUCACCCACCAAUAGAAGACAAUUAUUUUGGAAUCACAUUACUUUUAUUUUCCACUGUGACAAUGAAAGUAAGGGAUUUGGUGGGAGAUGGAGGACGUGGGAGGUUUGCUUUGGAGAUGAACAAGAUGUUAUCUUCAUACACAGAAGAAAGGAUUAAGAGAGACUUUGAAGCUUGGGUACAAAAGCCAACGAUGCGUAAACAAAGUGCCAUAUUAAUUGGGAAGCUUAUGACAUCAAGUAGCUCCCCGAGAACCAACUUUUAUGCCAUUGACUUCGGCUGGGGACGGCCGAAGGCGGUUCGCGGCGGUCCGGCCAAUGCAAUGGUGUGGAAGCUGGCGGUUGAUGCCGGAGCAGAAGAAGGUAGCUUCGACAUCGAGAUUUGUGCUUCCUGUGAAAUACUGGAAGCUCUGGGAAGAGACCCUGAGUUGAUGCAUGUGGUAGCGCCGCCUUCACCCUCACCGCGGCCACCAACAGAGUUAUCAAGUAAAGUAGCUCGGACUCGGCUCUAAACAUUGAGCAUCUCUAUCUUUGUCGUAAUAAUUAGGCUAAAAAUAUAACGAAUAUAUUUUCAUUUUCCAAUAGAGAGAUUGUGCGUUUCAUAUAUUCCUAUCCCAUGUGGUGGAGGGAUAAGUGUGUGAGUAUGCUUGUUUGUACGUAUUUGAUCUCUUAAAAAUAAAAUAAAAUUAUGGCGAAUAUUUUUUAUUUAAA